GGUGAGGCCGGGGCGGAGGGGCGGGAAGCGGAGGGCACCGGACCCGGGCCGGGCUGGAGUCGUGAUGAUGAUGAACGCGGAUCUACGCAGGGAGCGCGCCGCCGCCACCUUCCAGCCCGAGCUGCUCACCCACAUCCUGGACGGCGGAGCCGAGCGCACCCGCCGCCGCAAGGAGAUCGAGGCCUUAGUUCUUAAUGACCCUGACUUCCAGCACGAGGAUCUGAACUUCCUCUCCCGUAGCCAGCGCUAUGAGCAAGCCAUCAGGAAGAGUGCUCUGAUGGUGAUGAAGUUGAGAGAAUAUGGAAUUGCAGAUCCAGAGGAGAUCUACUGGUUUAAAAGAACAUGCUUGGGCAAUUUUCCUGAACCUUUCAGUCUCCACUUCAGCAUGUUUCAAAAAACCUUAGAGAUCCAAACGACUGAUGCUCAGAAGGAGAAAUGGCUGCCUCUGGUCCGUGGAGUCAAGAUAAUUGGCACCUACGCCCAGACCGAAAUGGGACAUGGAACCCAUCUUCGGGGUCUGGAGACAACAGCGACUUACGACCCUGCCACCCAGGAGUUCAUUCUCAACAGCCCCACUGUGACAUCCAUUAAGUGGUGGCCAGGAGGACUUGGAAAGACGUCGAACCACGCCAUUGUUCUGGCUCAGCUCUACACUCAGGGCCAGUGCAAAGGGCUGCAUGCCUUCAUCGUUCCCAUACGGCAGCUGGGCACCCAUGAACCUUUGCCAGGUAUUACAGUGGGUGACAUUGGGCCAAAGUUUGGUUAUGAUGAAAUGGAUAAUGGCUACCUGAAAAUGGACAACUUCAGAAUUCCUCGGGAGAACAUGCUGAUGAAAUAUGCCCAGGUGGAACCAGAUGGCACCUAUGUGAAACCACUCAGUGACAAGCUGACCUAUGGGACCAUGGUGUUCAUCCGGUCUCUCAUUGUAGGCGAUUCAGCCCACUCCCUGUCCCGGGCUUGCACCAUCGCCAUCCGCUACAGUGCAGUGCGACACCAGUCUGAGCUAAAGCCAGGGGAACCAGAACCCCAGAUUUUGGAUUAUCAGACCCAACAAUACAAACUCUUUCCUCUCCUGGCAACAGCAUAUGCUUUUCAUUUUGUGGGAGCCUACAUAAAAGACACCUAUCGUCGUAUUAGUGGAGACAUCGAUGAAGGGGAUUUGAGCGAGCUGCCAGAGCUCCAUGCACUGACAGCGGGACUGAAGGCAUUCACUUCCUGGACUGCCAAUGCUGGCAUUGAGGAAUGUCGGAUGGCGUGUGGUGGGCAUGGCUACUCUCGCUGCAGCGGCAUUCCUGACAUCUAUGUCACAUUCACCCCAUCCUGCACCUAUGAGGGAGAAAACACAGUCAUGAUGCUGCAGACAGCGAGAUUCCUUGUCAAAAGCUACACCCAAGUGAGUUCAGGGCAGCAGGUCACUGGCAUGGUUUCCUACCUUAACGAUCUCCCCAGGCAGCGCAUCCAGCCACAGCAAGUCGCUGCUAGGUCUGUGACUGUGCGCAUCAACGAUCCCCUCAGUUUGGUAGAGGCCUACAAAGCACGUGCUGCCCGGCUUGUAGAAGCUGCAGCAAAAAACUUGCAAACAGAACUGAACCACAGAAAGAGCAAGGAGGAUGCUUGGAAUAGAACUUCUGUUGAUCUUGUGCGAGCAUCUGAGGCACACUGUCACUAUGUGAUAGUGAAGCUCUUUGCAGCUAAGCUGUCCGAGAUCAGUAAUGCGGCUGUCCGUGCGGUCCUGACGGAGCUGUGUCUCCUGUAUGCACUGUAUGGAAUCAUUAAGAACACGGGGGAUUUCUUGCAGGCGGGUAUUUUGACCGAUGCCCAAAUCACUCAAGUGUACCAGCGUGUGAAAGAGCUCCUGGCUGUAAUCCGGCCCAACGCAGUAGCGCUGGUAGACUCGUUUGACUUUCAUGACGUUCAUCUUGGCUCUGUGCUUGGCCGAUAUGAUGGUAAUGUCUACGAGAACAUGUUUGAGUGGGCAAAGAAAUCCCCGCUCAACCAAAAAGAGGUUCACGAGUCUUUCCACAAACACCUGAAGCCAAUGCAAGCCAAGCUGUGAAGCCUGCUGUUUUUUUCAAAUGCACACUUUUCCUGACCUGAAAAUUGGGUGUUUGCACCCUUUCUUCAGGCACCUAAAUUGAACCUUUCAAAUCCUGGUACCUGUAGGAUGGUGAAUAAUGGUAGCCUUGCUUUCCGCUUCUGUAAAUUAAGGAGGUGUUUGGGAAGAGUGUGUAGGGAUCAAUGCCUGGCUUUAAAGUGCAAUUAUAAUGGUAAAAUUAACUUUUUAAAAAUGUGGGAAGCUUUAUGGAUUUGUACGAGGAUUGCUUUUGUGAAGCUGCUGACUAGAGAAAAGUUACUGUCAACUGGAAAGGUAGCAGGAUUUUACUACUGAGUAGUCCACAGCCCUCAGGCAACUGUUCUAAUGAGCAGCUGGGUCCACCCCCAAAAAAACAUCAAUGUCUUGAGUUUUGAUUUUUUUUUUUUUUUUUUUUUAAGAUUAGCACCACCUCUCUCCUUGUUUGGCAAACAUUUAUGCUGCUGAAAGCCUCCUGCACAUUUCAGUGCACAUGAAUCCGCAUGUGGCACUGCUUCCCUGAUGUAGCUGGGAAGUAAAUCCCCAUCCUACUCUGGAGCUCUGCUUCAUUUUUCUUUCCAGAAGACAUCUUUAUGUUUUCCAGUACAUCCUUCUUUCCCUGCCCUGCAGAAACUCCCUUUACCUAUGUGCCAUCUCUAGCACUGGCACCGUACCCUUUGUUAAUAGGAAGUUGAAGGAGAACGUAGCGAUGCUGCUCCAAGUUAAAAAUCAAGUAGCUAGGUGCUGGUAAUGGAUGUUUGGCCCCUCUGUCAACUGUUCCAAUUUCCAUAGCACUAUCUCAAAGCACUUUACAGAUGUUAAUUGUAGUGAUUUGAUGUGACAAACCACUUGUAGUGGUAGAAACUGCAAAUUUGGCCUGGAAUGAUGAUGCCAGCGUUUAAGUGCAGAAAUCAGCUGGCCAGGGUCCUUGGGUCUUCAGGUUGUUCUGAAGUUCUUCUAGUUCUUAAAGGCAUUCUUCAAGAAAACGACAAUCCCAAGUUAAAUGUCCUGAUUUCUUCCUACCCGUGCAUUUCCAAGGAGCUUUCUCUGAUUUGCCUGAUUUUUUUUUUUUUUUUUUUUUUACAUUGACUUGGGCCUUGCACAGUGCUGUCUGGAUUUACCAGGGGAAAAACUUUGCCUUUGAACAGAAUCUCCUGAUGCCCAGGGAAAUCGAUGCAGCUACAACUGAGCAAAGUCAUGGCUGUUUUCCAGCAGCAGUACUCAGUCUAGUAACAAAACCUCUCUUCACAACACAUGAGCAAGUUAGACCUUGAAAUGGUAAGAAGCUUCAGCAUGAAACAAAAUCCUGCAGUUCUGAGGCGACAUCUGAGAAGCUGGUUCUCUGGCAGCUUUGGUAUCUGUUAGUCUCUAGUUUUGGAUCAGUUUUCAUGGAUGAGUUUUUCCUGGCACUAACAAUGAUCAGACACAAUGUUUGGCUCUACCUGCAGUAGCUGAACAGAAAGAAAUGUUUAAUUUUAAAUAAAAUAAUCAAACUUUG